GCCCUGGUGUGCUUGUUUUCCCUUUGGAAUAUGAGACUGCUGUGGCUCCCCAGCUCUUGGCUGGGUUUGUGUUGCUGUGUGCAGCAGUGACUGCUGCUGGCCUACCCCACUUUUGCCUUGCUGGUCACCUCCUGAGUGUUGAGUGUCUAAGAGCCGUUGGCUGCACUGAAACGUUUGGCUCUUUCUCUUAGUAACAGCUUUUUACAUUCUGCCUCAAUUCCUCUCCAAUCUAAUCACUUGCAAUUGCCCCCUCCCCCCAUCAUAUAUCUCUUGGAUUUACCCCCCUCCUCUCCCCAGCUCUGCACCCCCACCCCCACCCCUUUUUUCACCAGGGUAAUAACUGCAUAUUACCAGGCUUUGGAGCUGUGUAUCUGCUUGGGGAGGGAGCUGCUUAUCUUUGCAACAAAAUCAAGGUUUUCUUCUCCGAACGCAUCUAUAUCCAUUAAAAUACUCAAGGUGGGUCUUUUAAAACUGAUAAACAAUCUCAAGAACAUCAAACUAUUUCUUAAUUUUCUCUGUUGUAAUAUUGGUGUGUAGGCAGCCAUCUUAGUGCAUUGUGUCUAAACAUUCAGAAGGAGCCAGUGCUACACAUUAGAACUGCUUUCAGGGAACAACCACCGUUUGCUGUGAACUCAUGGUUUAAGUGGGCAUAAAGAUGAGUAUAAGCAGUGAUGAGGUUAACUUCCUGGUGUACAGAUACUUGCAAGAAUCUGGGUUUUCCCAUUCGGCAUUCACUUUUGGUAUAGAAAGCCAUAUCAGCCAGUCUAAUAUCAAUGGUGCCCUGGUGCCACCUGCUGCUUUAAUUUCCAUCAUUCAAAAAGGACUGCAGUACGUGGAGGCAGAAGUCAGCAUUAAUGAGGAUGGUACCCUCUUCGAUGGCAGGCCUAUCGAAUCUCUGUCCCUUAUUGAUGCAGUUAUGCCUGACGUAGUACAAACAAGGCAGCAGGCUUACAGAGACAAGCUUGCACAACAACAAGCUGCCGCUGCUGCUGCUGCUGCUGCUGCAGCAGCCGCCGCCGCAGCAGCAGCUACAUCAAACAAUCAGCAACCACCUGCAAAAAAUGGGGAAAACACAGCUAACGGGGAGGAAAAUGGAGGACAUGCACUAGCAAAUAAUCACACUGACAUGAUGGAAGUUGAUGGAGAUGUUGAAAUUCCAUCAAGUAAGGCAGUGGUAUUACGUGGUCAUGAAUCAGAGGUGUUUAUUUGUGCUUGGAACCCAGUUAGUGACCUGCUGGCAUCAGGGUCAGGAGACUCAACAGCCCGAAUAUGGAAUCUUAGUGAAAACAGUACUAGUGGUUCAACACAGCUUGUACUUCGACACUGUAUACGAGAAGGAGGGCAAGACGUUCCAAGUAAUAAGGAUGUAACUUCAUUAGACUGGAAUAGUGAAGGGACACUUUUAGCAACUGGGUCUUACGAUGGCUUUGCCAGAAUAUGGACUAAAGAUGGAAAUCUUGCAAGCACGUUGGGGCAACAUAAAGGACCCAUAUUUGCAUUGAAAUGGAACAAGAAAGGCAACUUUAUAUUAAGUGCAGGUGUAGACAAGACAACCAUUAUCUGGGAUGCUCACACAGGGGAAGCAAAGCAGCAGUUUCCUUUUCAUUCUGCACCAGCAUUAGAUGUGGAUUGGCAAAGCAACAACACAUUUGCAUCAUGCAGUACAGAUAUGUGCAUCCAUGUCUGUAAACUUGGCCAAGAUAGGCCAAUAAAAACAUUCCAGGGACACACAAAUGAAGUAAAUGCAAUAAAGUGGGAUCCUACUGGUAACCUCCUGGCAUCGUGCUCUGAUGACAUGACAUUAAAGAUAUGGAGUAUGAAGCACGACACUUGUGUUCAUGAUUUGCAAGCGCACAACAAAGAGAUAUAUACUAUUAAAUGGAGUCCUACUGGGCCGGGAACAAACAAUCCAAAUGCUAACCUAAUGCUAGCAAGUGCUUCAUUUGAUUCUACAGUUCGGUUGUGGGAUGUAGACAGAGGAAUCUGCAUUCAUACGCUGACUAAACAUCAGGAGCCCGUGUACAGUGUAGCCUUUAGUCCAGAUGGCCGUUACUUGGCCAGUGGUUCAUUUGACAAAUGUGUACACAUUUGGAAUACACAGACGGGUGCAUUAGUUCACAGCUAUCGGGGAACAGGGGGUAUUUUUGAGGUGUGUUGGAAUGCAGCAGGGGACAAAGUUGGAGCAAGUGCAUCAGAUGGUUCAGUUUGUGUAUUAGACCUACGAAAAUAGCGCUACUGGUUGGAAGCCAUGGACCGACUAUGAAUGUGUACAUAGCCAAAAUGACUGUCCCUGACCCAUGUACUGCUAUAGUCCCACUUAACCAUGGCCAGUCCACUUCAGCCAAACCGAAAUCAAAACCUAUACAUAGAUAUUUAAAGUUAAAAACAAAUCCCUGCAAAAUGUUGCACCUCAAGAGGACAGAGAUCUAUCACAACUAAUGAAUAUAUGCGCUGGAAACGGGUUUCUCUAGAAUAUCGUCUGGAAAAAAUUCCGAAGAGCAUUGAUCAUUAAACAGAACAGAUAUACCAGACACAGGAGAUGGUGAACAUUCUCUACAUCCCGCAUUUUUUUUAUUUUUCAAAUUCCAGCUUCAGUAUCCAGCGACCCAUUGUUUUAUUUUUAAAUCACUUUGCCUUUACAGAUCUUGGGCUAUUUACUUGAGCAAUAGUUUUGUUCUUGGCUUUGAAACAUGUUAUUUUAUAGGGGGUGGGGAAAAUUCUCUUAUGACUGCAUAUAAUACUUUGUUUUUCUUUUCAUUCUCUUUUACCUCCUUGGUCUACCACUGCUCCAUUUCUUACAGAUGAAAAUUGAUUGCCUGGACUCAGUACAGGCAAUAAUGGUUUAAAUCAUUUAAAUAUUGCCUGUAAAAAAUACAGUCACAUAAAAAAAAAAAAACACAAAAAAAAACACAAAAACAGAGGUAACAUUCUGUUUAUUUUCUGGUGACGUGGCUGGAUGUUUAUUUGGGACGUAAAUCUGCCAAACCUGAAGGGCACAAAAAUAAAGAUCAGACAGCAGGCACUGACGUGUCUCUUGUUUGUUUAGACCAUAAACA